AAAAAGAUUGAUUCCGAAAAGACAGAACAUUUUUCGAAUUCAUUACCAAUCAAAAAAUGUUAGGCAUUGUGCAAUUGUUGCUUGAGAGAUUUGGAAAGAUCCUACAAGAAAGCGAGAGAGAUUAGAAAAUGGGAGGAAAAAAAGUUAUUAAACGAUUGUUCAUAGUUCAGAGAUGGAUAAUUGUGCUGCUGGACUCAGCCUAGAUUUUUUUUCUUAAGGCCCAUCUAUAAAUUGAGGACCCAAAUUGCAGACGGCUCUGUCGUCCACCGUUCUACAGGCCCAAUACCCUUUGUGCCACGAGGUCCCACUUUAUCUGCAUUCUCCUUUGUAACUCCACCGUGCAGCUGACUUCUUCCUCUCCGGUUAUCUGUUCCUCUCUCAGAAACAAAGCCAGCAAAGUUCAAAACUUUGUCUCAUCAUUCAUUACGUUCUCCGUGUAUAUACCAGCGUGUGUUAGUGCGUGAGAAAAGAAAGAAACUGUAGCAAAAUGAAGUUGAAAUUGUAUGCAGAUCGUAUGUCUCAACCGUCACGUGCGGUUCUCAUCUUCUGCAGGGUAAAUGGGAUAGACUUUGAUGAAGUUAAAGUUGACAUUUCUAAACGCCAGCAAUUAACUCCUGAAUUUGCAGAAAUCAAUCCCAUGAAGAAAGUACCAGCGAUAGUCGACGGAAGAUUUAAGCUCUUUGAGAGUCAUGCAAUUCUUCAAUAUCUGGCUUCUGCUUUUCCUGGAGUUGCUGAUCAUUGGUAUCCUGCAGACCUCUUCAAAAGAGCAAAAAUCAACUCGGUUUUAGAUUGGCAUCAUUCGAAUUUACGCCGUGGUGCAGCUCCACUUGUUCUUAACAAAGCACUUGCUCCUGCACUUGGUCUGCCUUUGAAUCCAAAAGCAGCAGCUGAAGCUGAAAUAAUCCUGUCAGCUUCUCUUGCAAAGAUAGAAUCCUUUUGGCUCAAGGGGAAUGGGCGGUUUUUGCUGGGAAGCUUGCAACCUUCCAUAGCAGACCUGAGUUUAGUCUGUGAAAUUAUGCAACUGGAGGUCCUGGAUGACGAGGUUCGUGCAAGAAUUUUAGGCCCACACAAGAAAGUUAUCAAGUGGAUUGAUGACACAAGAAAUGCUACUCAACCUCAUUUUGAUGAGAUGCAUGCCAUUCUCUUCAAAGCAAAAGAGAAGCUAUUGAAGAUGCACUCAGAUGCAGGCAGUGAUCAGACAGAAAGUAGCAGAAAACCAGCUUUGCCUUCAAAGAUCUGAGAAUGCAGCUCUAAUGGUCAAGUAGCGUGUCAUUUUCUGGUUGUAUGUCAGCCAACAAGCCGCCGGAUCUGGUAUGUAAAAGGAAAUCCAGAAUGCAGACAUGCUGUUGUCAGUCUCUGGGUAAUAAUUCGGUUAUUUCUAAGGAUCUUAACACGCCCUAUGCUUGAACUAAAGCUUUUUGUGUUCGUUGUACACAUAGUAGCUAGUGCAAUAACGUGAUUCGAAUAUCUUCUUACCUUGUGAUACAUGAUUCUUGUCUUUUACCCUGUUAUCUUGUCUUUUGUUAAUAUAAUUACCACUUCAGAAUCUUGUAGCAA